GCCAGUCAAGUCAUGUCAUAUUAGUACACAACAUAGAAAUGAGCUGAGUUAGCAAAUUAAUCGAAUAUCCACGGUUUUCUAAUCACUACUUUCGUGUACUUAUCUGCUGCACAAUAACAGCACGAGAACGGGUACUUCAAAGUUACGAACGUGGCACAAAAUUUAGAUAAAUUCAACCUACAAUGCAUGUGAUAAAUUCAACUAGGUUUCGCAUCUUAAUUAGCUUGUUUAUUGUUUUUAUACUUUGGCAAGUAUUUCGUCGGUGGUCGAACCAGGAUGCACCAGAGAAUAAUGACAAUAACACCAAAGAAUCUGCAUCAUACGGUCCAGUAAUAGUGACAGUGUUUUACGAGGCAUUGUGUCCUGAUUCCAAAUAUUUCAUUAUAAAACAACUGCAGCCCGCUUUCUACAAAGCUCCCGCUUUAAUUGAUUUCCAACUCAUUCCGUACGGAAAGGCGACGACAUCCACAAACAGCGAUGGUUCAUUGUCGUUUCUGUGUCAACACGGUGAAAUCGAAUGUAAUGCUAAUAUUUACCAUGCGUGUUGUAUUGAAGCAAUCGACGAACCAAAGGUUUUAAUUGAUGUUAUCGCGUGCAUGAUUCGAAACAAUUUAUUGCCGAAAGAAGCAAUGCAAAAGUGUACGAGAGAGCAUCAAGUUGAAUGGGAACCAAUUCAGAAGUGUUACGACAGUCCGCAUGGUGCCGAGCUACUAAAAAUGCAUGGUGAAUUAACGCACGCAUUGAGACCGAGUGUGACGUUUAUUCCAACAAUUACAUUGAAUCAGUCCCAAGGAAGGCAAGCGUCGAUAUUAAAAGAUCUGUUGCAAGAAGUUUGUAAAGUUGCCGGUGGCCAUCCAGAUGUUUGUCAGUGAAAUUACAACAUUUUUCGCCCGCUUUUAUCUCCCUCACUAAUUUAUCUACUAACGUCUUGAUUCUGAACGGUUGUGCUGUUUUACAAUUUUCUACUUUUCGAUUUACAGUGAUUGCAUGCGACCAAAAAGUUAAGAUUUUUUUUAGUCUUAAGUAGUUUCGCUUGCUGGUUUAGUUACCAAAGUCCAUUUUGCAAUUAAUUUAAUUGAAGAACAUCGAAAAUUAGAAUAAAUUUCCUUAGCUUAUGGCUGCGCACGA